CCGACCGACCGGCCCCUGAGCAGCCCCGUCUUUGAGCAGCGCUCUCUCUGUCUCUCUCCGUGGACGUUAUUCGCUACCGGGUUUUCUGUGUAUAGAUGUAGCUCGUAACCGGAGCUCACAGUGGGAGACUGUUGUCGCCUUUUCGCCAUGGAGGACUGCUGUUCCCCGGACAGCGAGAGGAUGGAAGCGUGGCUGGACGACCACUUGGAGUUCACCCACUCCUACUUUAUCAGGAAGGCGUCAAGGGAGAUGGUGAAUUCCUGGUUUGCUGAGCGAGUCCACUCCAUCCAGCCAUCUGCCUCCAAAGAAAAUCCUUCACAGCACCGGGCCCACCAGUCCUCCACAGACCCCGGUCUCCCUUCUUCCACCACAAUCCUCCCACCCACCCUCAGCCUCCUGGACAACCGCUGCCCGUCCCCAGCCACUGUCCCCAGCCCGGCCCCCGGCACCCCGACACGCAAAAUCUCAGCGUCAGAGUUCGACCGCCCACUCAGACCCAUCGUGGUUAAAGACUCUGAGGGCUCUCUGACAUUUCUGAGCGACGCAGACCCCGGGACUGUCUCUCUUCGGGGCUCUCUGAUGGGUGAGGGUGGUGUCGGUAAUGGAGGUGGAUACAGCGGGGCAGGAAGUGGCAGUGGGGGUGACCGUUGCGCCAGGCUGCUGGAGCUGGUUAAGGACGUGUCAAGUCAUCUGGAUGUGACAGCACUCUGCCACAAGAUCUUCCUCCACAUUAACGAGCUGAUUGCCGCAGACCGCUACUCACUGUUCCUGGUGGGCGAGGACAGCUCCAACAGGAAGUUCUUGGUCAGCCGCCUGUUCGACGUAGCCGAGGGAUCCACACUGGAGGAGUCCUCCAGUAGCUGCAUCCGGCUGGAGUGGAACAAGGGCAUCGUGGGUCAUGUAGCCGCCACAGGACAGCCGCUAAAUAUCAAGAACGCUUACGAGGAUCCCAGAUUCAAUGCUGAGGUGGACUUGAUCACAGGUUACAAAACCCAGAGUAUCCUUUGCCUUCCCAUCAAGAACCACAGAGACGAGGUAGUCGGAGUGGCUCAGGCUAUCAAUAAAAAAUGUGGGGAGGACGGUGCCUUCACUGACCAGGAUGAAAAGGACUUCUCAGCCUACUUGGCCUUUUCUGGCAUUGUCCUGCACAACGCUCAGCUCUAUGAGACAUCGCAGCUGGAAAACAGACGCAAUCAGGUGCUGUUGGACCUGGCCAGUCUGAUCUUUGAGGAGCAGCAGUGUCUGGAAGUUUUACUGAGGAAGAUCGCAGGAACCAUCCUGUCCUUCAUGCAGGCCCAGGCCUGUACCGUCUUCAUCGCUGACGAAGACUCCAUGAAUUCCUUCUGCAGUGUCUUCCACAUGGAAUACGAGGAGCUUGGUGAAGUCCUAGAUUCCCCCAAAAGGGACUAUGAUGUCAGCCAGAUUAACUACAUGUACGCCCAGUAUGUUAAAAACACCAUGCAGCCUCUCAACAUCGCAGACGUCACCAAGGAUCAGCGCUUCCCCUGGACAAGUGAAAACCCAGAUCACACCCGCAGCCAGAUAAAGAGUUUGCUUUGCACUCCCAUCAAGAAUGGCAAGAAGGACAAAGUCAUAGGUGUAUGUCAGCUGGUGAACAAGAUGGAUGAAGCGUCAGGAAGCGUGAAGGCCUUCAACAGGAACGAUGAGCAGUUCCUGGUGGCAUUUGCUAUCUUCUGCGGUCUGGGCAUCCAGAACACACAGAUGUACGAAACAGUGGAGAGAGCCAUGGCCAAGCAAGAGGUCACACUGGAGGUCUUGUCGUAUCACGCCUCUGCUGCAGAGGAGGAAUCGCGGGAACUCCAGGUAACCGCGGUAGCUACGGUGCCGUCAGCCCAGUCGUUGCGUCUUCUGGACUUCAGCUUCAGUGACUUUGACUUGUCAGACACUGAAACCACGCUGGCUACUAUCCGCAUGUUUGUGGACCUCAACCUGGUCCAGAACUUCCAGAUGAAGUACACGAGUUUAUGCCAGUGGAUCCUGAGCGUGAAGAAGAACUACAGGAAGAAUGUGGCUUAUCACAACUGGAGGCAUGCUUUCAACACCGCCCAGAGCAUGUUCGCCCUCCUCAAGUCAGGACGCUUACAGAAUAACCUGAGUGAUGUGGAGGUCUUGGCUCUGAUGAUUGCAACUCUCAGCCAUGACCUGGACCACAGAGGAGUCAACAACUCCUACAUACAGAGGAGCGACCAUCCACUGGCCCAGCUCUACUGCCACUCCACCAUGGAGCAUCACCACUUCGACCACUGCCUCAUGAUCCUCAACAGCCCUGGAAACCAGAUCCUGAGCGGCCUCUCCCUGGACGAGUACAAGGCCACUCUGAAGAUGAUCGAGAGGGCUAUUCUGGCCACUGACCUGGCCCUGUAUAUGAAGAGGCGUGGGGAGUUCUUUGAGCUCACCAAGAACAGUCAAUUUGUCUGGGAGAACGAACAUCACAGAGACUUACUGAGGUCAAUGCUGAUGACUGCAUGCGACAUCUCAGCCAUCACCAAGCCUUGGCCAGUGCAAAAAAGGAUUGCGGAGCUGGUAGCCACUGAGUUCUUUGAACAGGGGGAUAAGGAGAGACGCGAGCUGAACAUUGAGCCCAGUGACCUGAUGAAUCGUGAGAAAAGAGAUAAGAUUCCCAGCAUGCAGGUGUCCUUCAUUGAUGCCAUCUGCAUCCAGUUAUAUGAGACCUUGGCUGGCAUGUCGGAGUAUUGUUCCCCGUUGUUGGAAGGAUGUCAGGAAAACCGCAAGAUCUGGAAGCGUUUGGCCGAGGAGUGCGAGAAGGGGACUGUCAACGGCUUGGUGUGAUCCCAACGCCAGUUUAGUUUUUCAGCCAACACAAAUUCCAACACGAGUUCCCCCUGCCCAAACAGGUCUCAUAAAAUGUCAUAAUAUUAACAUGCUAUCUAAAAGGACAAAAUAACAUGCUUUGCGCACAGAGGUGGCCAAAGAAUGUAUGGUGUGGCGAAAAAAAAAUAUGUGGUGAAAAAAACACUUAAUUAGGUUUGUAAAUCACAGUUACAUACAACUUAGGUCUUAUUUUGUUAUGUUUGUCCAUCCUUCUUAUCUGUUAUAAUAAAGUUGUACUCACCAAGAGUAUUACUGAGAUUGGGGAAUGCAGCAGCAGCACUAAACAAGACCAAGAGCCAUGCUAGCAGUCAGGCUUUAUUUAGGCACAGCGGUGAUUGGAGCUGAAUGCUAAUUGAGCUGAAUGCUAAUAUAAGCAUGCUAAAAGGUUCACAAGGAUAAUGUUAGCAUGCUGAUGUGUAGGAUAUAGUGGUGAGGUACUAUAAAAUAUGUUUCCCAUGGUCACCAUCUUAGUCUAGCAUGUUAGCAUGCUAACAUUUUACAGGAGAGCUAAAAAUUAUGGGAUGGGUAUGUAAUUUGUUUUGUGUUUAUUAAUUAACUAAAGUAUUGCUAUAGGAAACUUAAAGGUGGGGUAUGAGAUUCUAAUCCAAUACGUCUGUCUGUCACUGUCUGCUAGCUGUGCGCUGAAAAUAAAUCUGGUGUUUGGACACAGUCCUGGCUCUGUAAGUAGGAAACAAAGAGGCUUGGAGCGCACAACACUACUCCAGCUGUUCCAGCCAUGAUUUAUGUGUCAGUAAUGUUAAAUGACUUACCCACGGACAUUCAGCUGACUUUCUAGUUCACAAAGACAUGCUGUUGUUGUGACGUUAGCAGCAGGAGAGUUGUGAGUAUUGCUGUGUGGAGGUGGUGUGCAGCUCUGGGCUCUCGUCCUCUCUGCAUGUUAGCUUCGCAGCAGCAACUGUAGCCACAGUUUGCCUACCCACAACUAACGUCAGUUACAUUACUUGCCGUGUCGUUUCUAUAUUAUGGUAUUUGUCAUGGUUUUGGAUUCCUCCAAAAUCGCAUACCCCACCUUUAAGGGAUUCAUCCUCUGGGAACCAUCAAUGUCUGUUCAGUCUGGACCAAAGCUCUGGACUGUCUGAAAAUUUCCUAUGGUGCACAUAAGUGGUGCAGUCAGCUAACCUGUUAGCAGACCUGCCUUGUUGUUAGCUAACUUUGAGGCUAACAAAACCCCCAGGCUAAUAUAGUCUGAAAGAGAAAGCAAAGGUGAACAGUAAAAUGAUCAGUCAAAAUGUGUGUUGUCACAGUUUACCAGACUUACUGUACUUGUUGUAGUUUAGUGCACUGAGUGAUUAUUAUCAACAUUUUGAGCUGUGAUCACUUUCAGUUUAAAGGUUAUCUCACUGAACUUUUCAUUUAGAGCAGGUCUAGACCGUACUCUUUGUAAUAUUAUAUUUACAGAGCCCCAACAAUUUCCACCAUGAGCAAGCACUUGGUCACAGUGGCAAGGAAAAACUCCCUUUAACAGGUAGAAACUUCGAGCAGAACCUGGACUCAGGCUGGACGGCCAACUGCCUCCACUGGUUAAGAGAGGACUUUGUUGUGGCAAUGUUCCCAGAUCUCAAUAAUAACUUCAGUGAGUACACAUCUUAACAGAUAGAAAUGACGGCCUAAACUACAGAAAUAAGACCGAAGUUGUCAUAUCUCUAACAGAAAACCUUGAACAAAUUGUCUUAAUUUAAAUGUUAGCUAUCUCCCAUGAGAAACAGGUGAGAAUGACGUGCAAUGUUGUGUUAAUAACACAGAAUCCUUGUUUCAGGUUAUGCUCAUUUCCCUGAACUUUGUGCGACUUGUCUUCCUGUCACCAUUCUUUCAUUGCUUUCACUCACCAGAGAAAGUAACAGUCAGCACUAAGCUAUAUUUAUUACCAUAGCAAUUUUUAUUUUUGCACAAGGUCUCUCUCACAGUUAGUGAAAUUUAGGGGAACACUGAAUGGUAAGAAAUAGAUCCCUGGGGAUCUGCACCAUUACAGUGGAAUACUAUAUACUUAAGAUACUGUCACAAUAAUCUGAUGAGCUUGUUAAAUAUCUCCAUACACAGCACACACACACACACACAAGGGUUUGAGUCUUUUGUAACAUUGUUUUCACUCAUUGUCUACUGCAUAUUUAUUUUUGUUUUAUAUAUUUAUUAGAGUUUCUAUAUUGUAAUGUCAUCCUUUUUUCAAGAGCACACAAUUCUAUAUAAAGAAAACAUAGUUUUCAUACUUCAUCCCAUCUCUGCUUUUUUUAAAAGACCUUUCUUAGUAACAACUCUUUCAGACGACAUUUGGAAAUGUACUGUAUUGUGUUAUUUGGAAUUUUCUUUAGUUUUCAAAAUGUAAAAGAGCCAAAGACUAGGCCUGCAAUUUCAAAUGGGUCUAGAUUUUUCCACUGCCUUGUUGUGAUAAAAUAGGACUAGUUCACAAUUAAAACGGACAAAACAUUUUAGUUGUCCACAUGCUUU